CCAGCUUCAUCACGGAGUUUCUCUCGGUUUGUGGGCUCAUCUAAAGGACCAACGUGGAUCGAGAAGUCCGCGCUCUCAGGAGGCCGACAAUUUCGUUGAAGAAAGAAGUGGAAGAAAAAAAUACAACCGUGACGAGUUUGGGAAAGAUUUUACUGUGAAAGCUUCCCUAAAAAUGCAUCAGGUCAUCGACACCGGAGAGAGACCAUUCAGCUGUGGAGACUGUGGAAAGUCUUUUACCAGGUCUGGAAGCUUAAAAAAACACCAACUCAUCCACAGUGGAGAGACACCGUUCAGCUGUGGAGACUGUGGAAAGUCUUUUACCACGUCUGGAAACUUAAAAACACACCAACUAAUCCACAGUGGAGAGAGACCGUUCAGCUGUAGAGACUGUGGAAAGUCUUUUACCACGUCUGGAAGCUUAAAAACACACCAACUAAUCCACACUGGAGAGAGACCGUUCAGCUGUGGAGACUGUGGAAAGUCUUUUAUCCACUCUGGACACUUAAAAAGACACCAACUCAUCCACACUGGAGAGAGACCAUUCAGCUGUGGAGACUGUGGAAAGUCUUUUACCACGUCUGGAAGCUUAAAAACACACCAACUAAUCCACACUGGAGAGAGACCGUUCAGCUGUGACGAGUGUGGAAAGUCUUGUACCACAUCUGGAAACUUAAAAUCACACCAACUCAUCCACAGUGGAGUUAAAGCGUACACCUGUGAUCAGUGUGGCAGAGCUUUUACUCAAGGUAACAACUUACAGAGUCAUCUAGUUACCCACUCUGGAAUUAAGGCGUACAGCUGUGACAUUUGUGGAAAAACUUUCAGCCGGACAGACAGCCGUAACAUUCACCUACGCAUUCACACCAGACAUGAUGUGUACAGCUGUGAUCAGUGUGGUAAACAGUUUACUACAAACACAGAGUUACGACGUCACAUGUUUACCCACACUGAGGAACGACCUUAUAAAUGUGACCUGUGUGAGAAGACUUUUAAAUCUCCACAUUACCUGAAAGCACACCAACAGAUCCACACCAGAACUCUACAAGUGCAGUUACUGUGAGAAGCAGAGCGACACAGAUGGAUCAAGUUCUCAACCCUGUCAUCGCUGUGGGAAGGACUUUUGUUGUGACCUUUGUGGAAAAACUUUUAGUCAUUGAAGGACUCUGAAAAUACAUCAACGUAGACACACUGGAGACAAAAUGAACUACUGUAGAGAAUGCGGGAGAGGCUUCACCACUUCAAAGGACUUCAAACAAUAUGAACUCCUUCACAGUGGCGUCAAAAAGCAUGUCUGCGAUCAGUGUGGGUCAUCCUUCAUCAGUGCACGUCAGCUUGAAAAGCAUAAACGAGUCCACACAUGAGAGAAACCAUACAAGUGCAGACUCUGUGACAAAACCUUUUCACAAUCAUGUGAUCAUACUAAGCAUGAACGCAGACACAUGAAAGAGAACUUCAUCACGGCGCCCCCCGUGUGCGGCAGCCUGUUACAGCACCUUUGCUCGUUCUGAGUUUCUUUUUUUUAUAUCUUUUUCUUCUUGUAAUUUUUUUAUAACGAACGUAUUAGUAAUUAGAUAACAAAUUUCCCACAUGUGGGACUAAUAAAGGUUAUCUUAUCUUAUCUGUGAAAGAGUUUGAGUAAUCUCAGUUCAUACUCCACUCAGAAACGAUUCCAUGUUACAAAUAAACUGUUACGUCUUGAUUCCUGCUUUUACGUUAAUCUUAUAAACAGUACAUUUGUAUAACGACUGAAACCGGCCCAAUGAAUGAACAAUGGGCUGUGAGGCAAUUUCUUCAUCAUUAAUAUGCAAAUUCUUAUGAGCAUUGAUCAACAACCACUGGUCAAUGGCCAUGAGUACCAUUCACAGAGUAAAACUUUGCAUAAUGAUUAUGAAGUUUACUGUUGUAAAUGUUCAAAGACAUUUACUAAAUUAUCUUCUCUGUGCAAACAUCAGCGUGAUGCAGGACUGAAAUCAUUGCCAUCUCUGGAUCACAGUGAAUCUGCAGAGACAGAAAGAUCCUCUUCUGGUUUCAGGGUCAGACUUAAACCCUUGAGAUCAGGCUCCACAGAGUUCAGGUGGAGUCUUUUGUAAAGAUCUGAUGAGGCAGCUCUGAAUGAAAAUGUGCCUCUUGUUACAUUGUAAGCUUUCUAAACUGUUCUACUGUAGUGUUUGUGUUGAGUGGUUCGCUUUGUUCCAGCAGUUUGAUUAAGAUAUCUGUUUCCUGUUAUAUUUUUAAAGAAUGCAUUGAUCCAUGUGUUUUGCAGGUUUGGUUUUUUUUUUUUUUUCAGCUUGUUUGUGUAAUGAAA